AUGACGAGGCCAGGUAACACAACCUACACUGAGCUGUCCGUUGUUGCCUCCGGCUACCUCGACGACGAGUCCUCACAGGAAUUCAAUACUACAAUCGUAAACCUUGACCCCCAGCCUCCCAAAAGGGAUGAAGAGAUCAUCCCCAUUAUUUUGGGACAUGGGGAUACGCCCAUCAAUAAUACCCCCGCGUCGUGCCGUCGUUUUGACGUCACGAGCUCUAAUAGUGCCACACAGAACGCAUUACCGGACGCGGAUGAUGAUGUCAAAGAAAACGGCGUUAGCGACUCGGACUCGUCACUGGAGGCGCCCCCUGUUGACGGUCAGAGGCGCGGCUCCAAGUGGAGCGCGACAAUUUUAUUUGUGGCCUCUGAAGUCCAGCUUAUGUUAAAUCUUGCAGAGUUCUGUCCAGAAGAAGGAUUCGAAAACGCCCCCAAAAGGAAGAAACCUGUAAAUUCCGACGACGAAGACGACGAUACAUACGACGAUUUUGACUUCAGUGCUCCAGACCAGAGUGAUCUUUCCGACAGUCAAACCGACGACAGUCCGGGAGACUCGGACUCUACCGCCAACACGAUGGAGCUCCAGACGGUCAUUCCGACAGAUGUAUCCAAGGACCAGAUUCAAAAUGGAAAGGACCCUCCACGGGACUGUCCAGACGCCGAAAAGAAUUCUUUGUUAUCGGAGAAAGCAGACGAUAUCGACGACAUUCCUGACCGUUACCCAGACGACGACGAUGUUAAACUUCCGGUUGAGAACUGGGGUAACAAAGCUGACUAUUUGUUGGCUGUGAUUGGCUACUCUGUGGAUCUUUCCAAUGUCUGGAGAUUCCCGUAUCUGGCUUACAAAAAUGGCGGAGGUGCGUUUAUCAUUCCAUACUUCACUGUGUUACUGCUGGGCGCCAUUCCUGUGUUUAUGAUGGAACUUUCCAUGGGCCAGUACACGCAGGAGGGGCCCAUCCGUGUCUGGAAAAUGUCCCCAAUCUUUAGGGGUAUUGGAUACGCCUCCUGCCUGAUGGCGUAUAUCGUUGCGUUUUAUUACAAUCUCGUCAUUGGCUGGUCCUUUUACUAUCUCUUUUCAUCAUUCUCACUGGUCCUGCCCUGGGCCAGUUGUUCACAUGAAUUCAACAGCGAGCGAUGCUGGCAGAUUGACUGGGAUACGAACAAGACUUACUUCAACCGUUCCUACGACGCCAACACAUCCGUCUCUUCAGCGUUUGAGUUCUAUGAGAGAGGAAUGCUGGGGCUGCACAAGAGUAAAGGAAUAGGCGAUCUGGGCCCUAUUAAAUGGGAGCUGGCCCUUUGUGUCCUUCUAACAUUCAUCAUCCUCUACUUCAGUCUCUGGAAAAGUGUGAAGAGUGCUGGAAAGGUCGUGUGGUUUACAGCCACCAUCCCCUACCUCAUAUUGACCAUCCUCCUCAUUCGGGGUUCUCUACUUCCGGGAGCUGGCGACGGUAUUAAGUACUUUGUCACACCUAAUGUCAGUCGCCUUGGCAACGUCCAGGUCUGGAUUGAUGCGGCCGUGCAGAUUUUCUUUUCUAUCGGUGCAGGUUUCGGGACUCACAUAGCCUAUGCCAGCUAUAACAAAUUCCACAACAACUGCUUCAGAGAUUGUCUCAUUACGGCUGGGGUGAACAGUUUCACCAGCAUAUUUUCUGGAUUCGUCGUGUUCACCUUCCUCGGUUACAUGGCGGCGAGACAGAACAAAGACAUUAAUGACGUAGCACAGGACGGGCCAGGUUUGGUAUUCAUUGUCUACCCAGAGGCCAUCGCAACGCUUCCAGGAUCUACUGCAUGGGCUAUAAUAUUCUUCUUCAUGCUGGUCACUCUUGGUAUGGACAGUGCUUUUGGUGGUCUGGAGUCGCCCCUGACAGGCCUCGGCAACCAGUUUUAUCGCUUGAUCCGGUUCGGCUGGUCUCGUGAAAUUCUCACCUUCAUCAUUGUGUGCACCGCCUUUUUCUUCUCACUACCCUGCACGACCAACGGUGGCAUGUAUGUGUUUAAGAUCCUGGAUACAUUCGCGGCUGGCACGUCUAUACUGUUUGCUGUGUUAUGUCAGGUGAUAGCUGUAGCCUGGGUGUACGGCGUGGACCAGUUCUGUCGAGAUGUGAAGCAGAUGACCGGGUACACACCGGGAAUGUACUGGAGAAUCUGCUGGAAAUUCCUCUGUCCAACAUUCCUCUUAAUCCUUGUGAUAUCUAGCUUUUUACAUUACCGCCCGCUGAUAUACAAAGGCGGCGGCGGGGUGUACAGAUACCCAGCCUACGCCAACUCGAUAGGAUGGAGUGUCGCCUUCUCGACGAUGGCGCUGAUACCGCUCUACGCCAUCUACAAGCUCAGCACGACUGAGGGGUCGUUCAAGCGUAGGUUGGCACUUUGUAUAUCUCCGACAAGAGAGCACGCCCUCAUACAGAGAACAGGCGUUGUUCGGCGUUUCAAGAAAGAGCACUGGAUUUCCAUCUAA